CUCUACGUGCAGGCCAUCUAUCUGAUGCUGUCUGGUCCAAACAAGGUGGAGGCCAAGAAGAGGAGGAUGUGGAGGUACCGUCUGCCUGGCUUUGAGUUGAGGCUCCUGGAGGAACUACAGAGACAGAAGCACAACAGUCUCUACUGUGAUACCCUGUUACAGACUGAUGGAUUGUCAGUCCCGGCCCACAGCUGCAUCCUGGCUGCCCUGAGCCCCUACCUGUCCAAUGCCCUGUCCAACCAGUCAUCCCCCCUCCCGGCUGGGCAGAGAUGGCCACUCAAGCUCCAGGCUGUGAAGGCCCAGACCCUGCUGAAGCUGGUGGAUCUCCUGUACUCCGGAGAGCUGGAGGGAGAGGGCACCAUGGAACAAGAAGAGGUUAUGGCCGCUGCCUGUAAGCUGGGCAUAGGCCGCUUGGUGGAGGGGUGGAAGGACCGGGGGAGGGAGGGAGAGGGGGAGGAGGAGAGGAGGUGCAGUCUCAGAGAUGUGGGGGUGCAGACGGAGGGAGGAGAGACACAGGUGGGGGCAUUGGUGGAGAUGGGGACACAGACUGUGGACUGUAAUGGAGGUAUUUACAUGACUUUCCUCAGUCCUCUCCCUGAUGCUCUCCCUACACCCCUCCUACUAGUCCAGAGCAGCAGUGAAGGCCAGCAGCACACAACUCACACGGCACUCCCUUUCCUGAGUCCCCAGAUUAUGACCCCCACUUCACACCCCAGUUCCACUCCACCCAGCGUCAAAGCACCGGUCAACUGUGGAACAGCUCCCUUUAGAACCCACCCUCAGACCUCCGAACCGGAGGUCACAAACCUCUCAUCGUCCUCUGUUGUCCUGAGCGGUGACAUGGUCACCCAGGGUGACGAUUCGGACCACCCCACAACACCCCGGGAGGAAAGUGCCGUCCCAGAAUGCUCUGUGGCGGAGAACGUUGUGACGGAGAGGAGGAUGGAGAAGAAGAGGGAGCAGCAGCUGACAUCACACACUGGGAGAGCAGAGGAAGGAGGAACAGGGGAGUGUCUGGAGAGGAGAGGUGUGGUUGGGAGGAAGUGGCUGAGCGGACAGAGGCUGGAGAACACUCAGAUCUCCAUCAAGGUCAAGCUGAGGAGGAGGACCAGGGGACAGCUGUGGGAGCUGGUCAGUGGGCAGGAGACGGACGGAACCAUCUCACCUGGUCAGGGGCAGGAGACAGACGGAACCGUCUCACCUGGUCAGGGGCAGGAGACAGACGGAACCGUCUCACCUGGUCAGGGGCAGGAGACAGACGGAACCGUCUCACCUGGUCAGGGGCAGGAGACAGACGGAACCGUCUCACCUGGUCAGGGGCAGGAGACAGACGGAACCAUCUCACCAGGUCAGAGGCAGGAGAGGGACGGAACCAUCUCACCUGGUCGGAGGCAGUUGGUCCUCGCUGCUCUGAAGAAGGAAACGCAUGAUCGCAUGAGGACAAGACAACUACCACGCCAGCCUCUCCCCCCGCCCCAGUCCCCAGCCCUCCCCUGGUGCUCUAACCUCGACACAGCUUUCCUCACCCCUCCACCCCGAUCCCGCCCCCAACUCACCUCCAAAACCACCACCACCCAGUCAACCUCCCUCAAACACUGCAGCUCCACCCAACAACCGACUCCACACCCAACACAUGAACCACAGCUCGCCUUGCCCCAGCCUCCGGUAGAGGAUUCGGAUGAGCAGAUUGAGAAGAUGCUGGAAGACAUCAUGAUGGGGUUGAACAUACUGCCCCCUGUGGUUCUGGAUAGGGACUGCGACCAACGCCACCAUCUCCAAAGCCACGACAGACCGUCGGCCUGCUCCUGCUCGCAUCAUCCCGUCCACGCAAGGCACGGCGCAGUUGGCUCGGCUUCUCGUUGCGUGUGUUCCCAUGUUCCAAUGACAGGAAGUGAUGAUGCGUCGUCAACUGAAACAGCCUUCCACUCCAUCACCUCCUCCCAUUUCGUCACCACGACAACCUCCUGCACAGUCACCCCUGACCUUUACCUGGACCCACAACCUCUGACCCCUCACCAAUGUUCCACCUAUCACCCCUCCACCCCCCUCUCUCAUCCUCACCCCCACUUCUCCUGUAAUGAUUACUCCUCUGACUGGGCCUCCUAUUGUUCAGGUGUCCAGUGCUCCUCUGAGAACGCCAAGAACCACCAGGAACUCCUGAUCCGGUUCCAGAACUCUCAAAACCAGGAACUCCAGAACUCCAAGAGCCUGGUGUUUGGAUGUGGUGGCAGCAGCAGCAUCAUGCCAGUCCACUCAGGCUCUUCACCAAGGCCUCCCCACCAGUCCCUUCCUCAGAGCCAGGCCUCUCUACUUUACGCAGGGGAAGAGGACCGAGAUCCAGGGUUCUGGGAGGGUUCUGCCCAGACGGGCGUUCCGUCGACAUACAGAGACCAUGUUUGUAAUCUGUCCUCUGCGGAUUGUCUGUCGUCCAAUGGAGACACUACUCCAAGUCAUGUGAAUGGAGACACUACUCCAAGUCAAGUGAAUGGAGGGACCAUCCCAAGUCAUAUGAAUAGAGAGGCCAUUCCAAGUCAGAGUCCGAGUCAGGCCAGUACGAAUCAGGAAGUUCCACAAGAAGAGGGACCUUCGGUCACCCCCGGUUUCCUACCCCCCUCUGAAACUGAUGCUUCUGAACCACAACAUCCAGCAUGCCCACCAGAUGCCUCUCCCUGGAGAGGACUACAUUUCCCAGAACUCCUUUCACUGCUGUCUCCAGGAAGUGAAACCCAGCCUUCCCAAUCUCCUCCUCCACAAUGGGAAGAGCUACGCCUGCCAAAAUGUCUCUCACCCUUAAAUUCACCAGAAUCCUUACCCCCACCAUCUCCGGCGAAACCCUUCCUUAAAUCCCCAUUCCGGCAUCCUGUAACUCCAUUCCAUAGAAUCCCUCAGCUGUCAAAGCUACCACCUUGGCUCUGCUGCACUCCGAGAAGACUACAGUUUCCACUGAGCUCCAUGAUCCACUCUCCACGCUCCCCAGGAAAUCUGUGUGAAUCUAAAAAAUUCCUUGGGCUGCCGUGGGAAUCCAACAACAACUCCGAGCAGAUGACUGAUGGUCAAUACAAGGCUAGCAUUAGCAACAACUCCGAGCAGAUGACUAAUGGUCAAUACAAGGCUAGCAUUAGCAACAACUCCGAGCAGAUGACUGAUGGUCAAUACAAGGCUAGCAUUAGCAACAACUCCGAGCAGAUGACUGAUGGUCAAUACAAGGCUAGCAUUAGCAACAACUCCGAGCAGAUGACUGAUGGUCAAUACAAGGCUAGCAUUAGCAACAACUCCGAGCAGAUGACUGAUGGUCAAUACAAGGCUAGCAUUAGCAACAACUCCGAGCAGAUGACUGAUGGUCAAUACAAGGCUAGCAUUAGCAACAACUCCGAGCAGAUGACUGAUGGUCAAUACAAGGCUAGCAUUAGCAACAACUCCGAGCAGAUGACUGAUGGUCAAUACAAGGCUAGCAUUAGCAACAACGCAAGACUGACCGGAAAAGAGGACGAGGAGGAGAGGAAAAGGAAGAAGGUCGCGACCACCACUACGGGGCGAAGGCUUGAGAAAGCAAAGGCGAAGAUAAGAGAGGGAGAUGAAACCUGGAAGCCCCACAGUAACAGGAAGAGAAUCCGUGUGAGGAGAAAGGAGGGUUUGGAGCCGGAGCAGGGGCGAAGGACUGAGACCCCAAAAGCAAAGACAGAGAGGAGACAGGAGGAUGAAACCUGGAGUCAACACAGGAAGAGAAUCCGUGUCAGGAGAACAGAGGGUUUGAAAGCGGAGCAGGAACAAUCAGAGGACAGUGAGACCCCAGAGCCUCCUCGGAAAAAGAGGAAACGUAACGCCUCUACAAAGAUAGAAGAUAGUCCUUUAGUGAGGACUGAAAGGGUGAAACUCAACGACAGAACGAAGACUGAGAACGGACAAGUGAAAAUAAGCCUCUGCUCUGUCAGUCUGUCAACCAACAAUGUCUUAGCGAGCGAAAGAUUAGGACGGUACCUUUCCAACACCUCCACAAAGUCUUUGUCCAGCCUUGGGGAGGAAGCCAACCCACCUCCAGAAGGAAGGGAAACGGGGAACCCAGUAAGGGUGCUCCGAGCCAGGGAUCGAGAUGUGAAAUGCCCUCCUAACGUUUGGACCGCAACCGGGAGCUGCUCCCCAGUAAAACUUCACCAAGAAGACAAGCAGUCCAACAUGUCUUCUGAAACUCCCAGUCCCUCCUUCUCCGGGUUUCAAGCUCUGGCCAAAGCAGUUGGACUGCUCCAAAUCCCACCAACACCACCCCCGAAACGGAAACGUGGUAGACCCCCCGGUAAGAUACGACCAGGAAAAAAACAGGUUUCCCAGGCUGGUGGUUUAUUCCCCACCAGUGCCAUGACAACGGGCAUCCAUGACGCAGAAGCUGUUGAGCACAAAAAGGAAAGAGGAGAAGGAGAACCUCAGGGAAAGGAAAGAGGAGAACCGCGGGGAAAGAAAAGAGGAGAACCGCGGGGAAAGAAAGGAGGAGGAGGAGAACCGCAGAGAAAGGGAGGAGGAGGAGAACCGCAGAGAAAGAAAAGAGGAGAACCACGGGGAAAGAAAGGAGGAGGAGAACCGCAGAGAAAGAAAAGAGGAGAAUCGCAUAGAACGAAAAGAGAAGGAGAACCUCAGAGAGGGAAAAAAGGAGAAGGAGUACCGCAGAGAAAGAAAAGAGAAGAACCGCAGAGAAAGAAAAAUGGAAGAGAACCACAGGGAAAGGAGAAAGGAGGAGGAGAACCUCAGGGAAAGGAGAAAGGAGGAGACCCACAGGUAAAGGAAAAAGGAGGAGACCCACAGGUAAAGGAAAAAGGAGGAGACCCACAGGUAAAGGAGAACGGAGGAGGGGAACCACAGGUAAAGGAGAACGGAGGAGGGGAACCACAGGGAAAGGAGAAAGGAGGAGACCCACAGGUAAAGGAGAACGGAGGAGGGGAACCACAGGGAAAGGAGAACAGAGGAGGGGAACCACAGGGAAAGGAGAAAGGAGGAGGAGAACCUCAGGGAAAGGAGAAAGGAGGAGACCCACAGGUAAAGGAGAACGGAGGAGGGGAACCACAGGGAAAGGAGAACAGAGGAGGGGAACCACAGGGAAAGGACGACAAGCGAAAGAAGUGCAGGAAAAGGGUGAGGCUCAGGGAGGGACAUGGCAAAGGAGAGAGAGCAGAGUUGUUCCAGAGACUACCUGAGCUGUCUAAAUCUAAAACAGUUGCUCAAAAGCCUAGCUCGCAGACAACUUUCCCCAGUACCCAUGAAGAGCAUGUUCCUACCAACUGUUCAGGGAUUGGAACCGGAACCAUUCUGCAACCCCAGCCGUCGGGUCAGCCACAGAACUCCAGUCCAAAAAGAUCUGGAGAGACUGAAUCAGACAGAGACCCAUUGAGACCCCCUGCUGUCAAGCGGACCCCCUCCAAGGGUCGGGCACCCACUGUGUGUCUCAAGAAGUUCCAAGAACUCCUGAAGCACAGGCACCAAAAGACGAGGAAGUCCACCAAAAGCAAGGAGACAAAAGAAAGUGAAAGAAAAUUAUUGAAACCCAAUGAAAGUGACAACGGUCAAAAUGAAUCAAGACUGAUGAACAAAAACACAAGUUCCUCCCAGUCUCUAGAAAGGGAGUCGGCCAUUAGACCAACCGUUGAUAAUGACCAUCAGACCAGCCGAACAGAGAGCGACCAGCCAGAGGAAAAAGAUGGAGGACACGACAGCAGCACUUGUGGACAGGAGACGGAGUAUCAAGAACAGAUCUACGAAGAGACUGAAAGAGAGAACGUUGAGGAUGGAGAACAUUUUGAGUACACAGAAAAAGUUUUAGACGGGGAAAACGUGGAUGCGUCAGGAGACUUUUUCAAACUCCGAGAGGAGCUGGCUACCUUAUCGAUGACAAGGACAAAGGACAUUGUGGAUCCUCAUCUGAGCGACAAAGGCAACAAGGAAGGAAGAGAUCUGGUUUCCAAGGAGAACAGAGCGAGGGAAACAGACUCGUCUUCAGAGACAAAACAGAAGACCGAAAAGGGGAAAGGAUCCGUGGUGGAGGCGUAUAGGAGAAGUGUGAUCAUCCAAGAGGUGGAGGAGAAAAUGGAGGAUGGAUAUUUGGAGAUGGAGAUCUCCAGCGAGGAGUUGGAUGUGGUUGAUGAGGUCCAGCAGACGUUGGGCUACGCCGGGGCUGAGGAAGUGAGUGGGGAAGAGGAGGAGAUAGAUGUAGAGGAGAUGGGUCCAACGAUGUAUCCUGAUGCAGCUUGGCAGGAGGUUCCCGGCGCCAGAGACGUGGACCAAGUGAGUUCCACCAUGGCCAGCUUCAGAGGCAUCACCCACAACCACAUCCACCUCCCUCAGAAAAUCAAAAUGGCGACCGCUGCCCCCGAGAUGGCCGACGUGAGUAUUCCGACCCCUCUGGAGGCAGAGCCUUCCACGCUGACAUCACGAAGGGUCACCACGGGGUCAACAGGAAGCUGGGAGCCAGAGGAGGAAGAGGAUGUGGAGGUGGACGUUCUUGAGUGGUCGCCGGAUGUGCGACCAAGAGUGUGGGGAGCGGGCCUUGAGCAAGGCGUCACAGAACUGACCGAGGAAGACGAGAUAGACGUGAUGGGAGAGGAAACGGACUGAGUAAGUGGGAUGGUGUACUCUUAGGGACGUGUUCAUUUAGAAUCCAGUAAUAAAUAAAAAAUAAUACAACGUUACCAUUGGAGAACGCAAGUGUGUAUUCUUCAACAGAAAGGCUAGCGUUGCAUGUGUGUGUUCUUCAACAGAAAGGCUAGCGUUGCAUGUGUGUGUUCUUCAACAGAAAGGCUAGCGUUGCAUGUGUGUAUUCUUCAACAGAAAGGCUAGCGUUGCAUGUGUGUGUUCUUCAACAGAAAGGCUAGCGUUGCAUGUGUGUAUUCUUCAACAGAAAGGCUAGCGUUGCAUGUGUGUAUUCUUCAACAGAAAGGCUAGCGUUGCAUGUGUGUAUUCUUCAACAGAAAGGCUAGCGUUGCAUGUGUGUGUUCUUCAACAGAAAGGCUAGCGUUGCAUGUGUGUGUUCUUCAACAGAAAGGCUAGCGUUGCAUGUGUGUGAUCUUCAACAGAAAGGCUAGCGUUGCAUGUGUGUGUUCUUCAACAGAAAGGCUAGCGUUGCAUGUGUGUGUUCAACAGAAAUGCUAGCGUUGCAUGUGUGUAUUCUUCAACAGAAAGGCUAGCGUUGCAUGUGUGUGUUCUUCAACAGAAAGGCUAGCGUUGCAAGUGUGUAUUCUUCAACAGAAAGGCUAGCGUUGCAAGUGUGUGUUCUUCAUUGGAAACGUUUGUUAUUUGCAACAGAUUCUAAACAGUGUGUUCUUGAGAAGAAAGGCUACCGUUCCUAAGCAACCUCCCCGCUCCUCCUCUCCACACUGUUAACUAUCGGAGCAGCCCCAACCUUCCACACUGACUUGAUGAGACUAACUCACAAAAUGAGGGUCUCGCUAUAUAAAAAAAAAAACCUUUGUUGAUUGUGAUUUUGUUGUUUUUGUUGUAACUGUUCUUCAGCAGAAUGCCUUAUGAGCCCUAGACUAGAGACUCGGCAAACGCAGCUACUCUUUUGUUACAUUUCAGGGCCUGUAUUGACAGCUUCUCAGAGUACGAGUGCAGAUCUAGGAUCAGUUUUUCCUUUCAAGUCAUAAUGAGUAACAGGGCCUACUCUGAGACGCUGGUGAAUACUGGACCCUGGUGUUCAUGCUGGUUAUUUUGAUACCUUCAGAAUCAGUCAGUGUCCAAUCAGAAGCACUUAAAUAUGUUUACAUCUGCCACUUUUGACAAGUUUUUUAUUUGUAGCUUCAUUGUUUGUAUAACUUUGUAAAUUAGAAAGAAGGCCUGUCAUUAAAAUAUAAUAAUUGUGUUGUAUUAAAAUGGCUUUCUUGACCA